UGAGGAAGUUAUCUUAUCAGAAGACUUUUGUUCAGAACAAUUAAUGAAUUAAGAGCUAACUUACAAAGUUUCACUCUCAGAAUGAUCCAAGCUGAUAGCAAUACCUGCCAUUUUGGUGGUGCUUGCAGACUUUCUGUACUAGUUGAUAGUACUUGUCCAUGUUUCUUUUUCUUUGAUGUCCAAAAUUCAGACAUUCGGAGGUAGUAGCAACUUUGGCUGGUACUACUUGUGCUUGCAAUAAUAUAAUGGCAUAAAAUAAGCAACAGUAUUUGAUUGAUCAAGUUGGUGGCAUCACUCUGUUGAAUAUGGACUAUCAGUAUCCACCUGCUUAUUUAUAGCCCUCACCAUUUUGGGACGAAACUGGGAGACCAUAAUCAAGAGGAAGAAGAAGCACCAUGACAGCUGGGAGCUUUGUGGCCUGGAGGGGAAGUUCCAUCAACAAAGAGGUGCAUGGAGGAGUCAGAGCAGCAUGGUUUAUGUAUGUUGUGACUGUGUUAAUGAACACGGUUAUUGUCCCAAACAUGCUGAAUCUGGUCACUUAUUUUCAUGGAACAAUGCAUAUGGGGAUCUCAGACUCUGCAACUACUGUCACUAAUCUUGUUGGUGCCACGUGCGGGUUUGCAUUAAUAGGAGCUUUCCUCUCGGACUCUUACAUCAUGCGCUCGACAACCAUACUCCUCUUUGGUCCAUUGAUGUUUCUGGGCUAUGGAUUGCUCGCGUUACAAGCACACUUACCCUCACUUCAUCCUGCACCUUGCAACGUUGAAGCAGAACUAAGCAGCUGCAAAGAGGUCCAUGGAUGGAAUGCUACCUUGCUGUACGCAUCGUUGUACAUCAAUGCAUUUGGCGAUGGUUUUGUGCGUUCAUGCAUGCCAUCCCUCGGAGCAGACCAAUUUGACCAUAGAGAUCCUAUUGAGUCCCGCCAGAAGUCCAGCUUCUUUAACUGGUAUACCUUCGGGAUCUCCCUUGGAGGUUUUAUAGGGCUAAUAUUCAUAGUGUGGCUUGAGAACUACAAGGGGUGGGACAUCGGACUUGGGGUGUGUGCCAUCCUAAUUCUGUUUGGAUUGCUCAUUGUUGCUGCUGGUCUGCCUUUCUACCGCAACCAAGUGCCAGAAGGAAGCCCUCUAACUCGAAUACUGCAGGUUAUUGUGGUUGCAUGCAAGAACAGGAAUCUUGAACUUCCUGAGAAGCUGGAAGAAGCACAGGAAAGCAUUACUGAGACUGUGACUAGGACACAGUCUGUUGAAGUACCCUCUCAAACAAAAAGUCUGAAAUUCCUUGACAAAGCCUGCAUUGACCGUGGUAAGGAUGGAGAUUGGGCAGUUUGCACUGCAACGAAGGUGGAGGAGACUAAGAUUGUGCUAUGCGUGCUUCCGAUCUUCUUCAGCUCCAUGAUAGCAUAUGUGUCGAACACUAUCGUCUUCAUAUUCACUGUGCAGCAAGGUGGCAUGACCGACACAAGGCUGGGCAAGGUCAAUGUUUCCCCUGCGACUCUCUUUAUCAUCCCCACCACAUUCCAGAUGAUAAUGCUUCCCGUCUAUGAUCGGUUCAUUGUGCCAUUCUUGCGUAAACGCACAGGCUACGUUGGUGGCAUCACUCAUCUGCAGCGCAUAGCUAUAGGCUUUGCCUCCAUGAUACUUGCCUCGGUCAUCGCUGCAGUUGUUGAGAAGAAAAGAAAGGAUGCUGUAGUGCAGAUGUCCCUGUUCUGGCUUACACCUCAGUUCUUCCUGCUUGGUGUGUCAGACGUGACAUCAUUCACCGGACUCCUCGAGUUCUUUAAUAGUGAGGCGCCACGGGGCAUGAAGUCAAUUGCCACGGCAUUAUUCUGGUGUGAGAUAGGGCUUGCGUCACUGAUGGCUACAUUCCUGGUGGAUAUUGUGAACAGGGUGACAAGGCAUGGUCACCAGGGUGGAUGGCUCGAGGGUACAAGCUUGAACAACAGCCAUCUUGACCUAUUCUACUGGGUUGUGGCAGUCGUCGGGUUGCUUGGCUUCUUGAACUACUUAUACUGGGCAAAGAAGUAUGUGUACCAGCACAAUCCACGCAUGGCUGAGCAAUCAGUUGAUCAUGAUUUGCCUUGAAAUGUCACAUUUGCAUGGGUUUAUUGAUUGCCCAUGGCAUGGAUUAGUCAACUUUGCAAAGUAAUGUAGAAGCAUGUACUAGUAGUCCGCUGUCGUGUGCCGAUUGUUUUCAGCUAAUUGGUUAGAUUCAUCCUUUACACUCCCCCUUCAUGUCAUAUCCAAAAAGAAGUAGGGUAGGCCACUGUGUUAAGGUCGGUGCAGUGUGAAAUCGAGGGACAAUCAUGUUACAUUUCUCGUAUGUUUCAACAUUUGUUACUUCGGUAGAAGCCAUGCUAUUGUCUAUUUCUAAGGUGCCCGGUAUUUCCUUAGGUCUCAGACAUCUUUCUCAGCAUCUGAAU